UCACGAACCCGGGCCUUACCCCCGCCCCCCUUUCUUUUUUUUUCUGUGUUCCAGGCGUCGCGCACCUUCCAGGCCGUCGCGCACGUUCCGAGUUCGCAGUCGUUCGAAACUUUCGCCGGCAGCUGCGCGGCACUCAACGGAGUCUCCGCUGUGCGGCGAGGAGGAGGAGGAGCACGGGUGGAAGAAGCCGAGGCGACGGGCCAUGGGAGGGAGCGAUAAGAGGCGCCGCGAGGGGCGCGCGGCCCGGCCCGCGGCCCACGACAGGCCUCAUUCAGGCGAGACCGGCGCGGAGCCGAUGAGGCAGCGGUCUGCGUCUCCCAGGGAGAGGGGGCAGCGCACGGAGUCUCCUUCUAAGCGCAGAGGGCAGCGCUCGGAGUCUCCUUCUAAGCGCAGAGGGCAGCGCACUGAGUCUCCUGGUAAACGCAGGGGGCAGCGGUCUGCGUCUCCCAGAGAGAGGGGGCAGCGCUCUGCGUCUCCUGCUAAACGCAAGGGGCAGCGGUCUGGAUCUCCCAGAGAGAGGGGGCAGCGGUCUGGAUCUCCCAGAGAGAGGGGGCAGCGCUCGGAGUCUCCUGCUAAACACAGGGGUCAGCGCGCAGCUUCUAGAGAGAGGGGGCAGCGCUCAGCGACUCCCGUUAAACAGAGAAGGCAGCGGUCUGGGUCUCCCAGAGAGAAGGUCCAGCGCCCAGAAUCCACUGGUAAACACAGGGGGCAGCGCUCAUUGUCUCCAGUUAAACACAGGGGGCAGCGCUCAUUGUCUCCAGUUAAACACAGGGGGCAGCGCUCAUUGUCUCCAGGGCAUCGCUCAUUGUCUCCAGUUAAACACAGAGGGCAGCCCUCGGUGUCUCCUGUUAGACGCAGAGGGCAGCGGUCUGGGUCUCCUGUUAGACGCAGAGGGCAGCCCUCGGUGUCUCCAGUUAAACACAGAGGGCAGCCCUCAGUGUCUCCUGUUAGACGCAGAGGGCAGCCCUCGGUGUCUCCUGUUAGACGGAGAGGGCAGCCCUCGGUGUCUCCUGUUAGACGCAGAAGGCAGCGGUCUGGGUCUCCUAGCGAGAAGGGUCAGCUCCUGGAGUUUACCGGUCGACACAAUGGGCAGCGAGGGCAGCGGUUGGGGUCUCGGGAGAAGGGGCAGCUCUCAGCGUCUCCCAGAGGGAGAAGGCGCUCAGAGUCUCCCCAACACAGGGGUCAGUGGUUGGAAUCUCCCAGACACAGAGGGCAGCGCUCACUAUCUCCCAGAUGCAGGGGGCAACGUUCAGAGUCUCCUGGAGCAAGAGGGCAGCGUUCGGGAGGAGACCACGGUACUCGCGUGUCUCGCUGGGGGCCCCAGGUACGCGAGGGCGAGCGCACCUGGGAGCGCUGGGGCACGAGGCCCCCGGGUUGGAGUGGCCCGGGGUCCCCGUUGCGCGGUGCGGCAGGAGGACAGCGGGAGACAUCGGGGGACCCCGGGAGCAGGAGGAGCAAGGGAGAUCAGGAUGGCAGCAGUGACUCCGUGUCAUCGAAUGACUCCCGCAACUACGACUCGGGGUCGGGUUCUGGCGGCAGCAUGCGUGGCCGCUCCGGGUCGAGGUCAAGAUCGAGGAGCUCGGAGAUCGAGAGAACGCGACUGCGUGGAGAGGAUAAGAAACGGCAACGCGAGGAGCGAAGGCGCCAGAGGGAGCUGGUGAAGGCGCUGGAGACCCCCGAGGAGAAGCGAGCUCGCCGUCUCUCCAAGAAGGAGGCCAAAGAGCGCAAGCGGCGUGAGAAGAUGGGCUGGGGCGAGGAGUACAUGGGCUACACCAACGCAGACAACCCCUUCGGAGACAACAAUCUCCUAGGCACCUUCAUCUGGCACAAGGCACUGGAGACAAAAGGCAUCUCUCACCUGAGCGACAAGGAUAAGAAAGAACGCAACAAGGGUAUCCAGAAGGAAAACCGCAUUGAGCUACAGAAGGUGAAGCAGCUGAGGCUGGAGCGCGAACGGGAGCAGGCGCUGCGUGACCAGGAGCUUGAGAUGAUGCAGCGAGACAAGGAGGCCGAGCACUUCAAGCAGUGGGAGCAGCAGGAGGACAACUUCCACCUGCAGCAGGCCAAGCUACGAUCCAAGAUCCGCAUCAAGGAUGGGCGUGCCAAACCGAUCGAUCUCCUGGCCAAAUAUGUGGGCAUGGAGGAGGAGGACCUGGCUGUGGAGAUGCACGAACCCUACACCUUCCUCAAUGGCCUCACCGCCUCCGACCUGGAGGACCUUCUGGAAGACAUCCGGGUAUACAUUGAGCUAGAGCAGGGCAAGAACGUGGACUUCUGGAAGGACAUGACGAUCAUCACAGAGGACGAACUGGGAAAACUCCGCAAGAAACAAUCGGAGGGCACAGGGCCUGUUGACCGUCGCGAGGGCAUCAACCCUUCGGUGGCGGGCGACGUCUCAGCCGUGUUCAAGGGCAAGACGUACGCACAGCUCACAGCGCUGAACCAGCAGAUCACGGGCAAGAUCGUCGCGGGGGGCACCACGCUCGACAUCGGCUACUGGGAGGGGCUGCUGCAGCAGCUGCGCGCAUAUACGGCGCGCGCGCGACUCCGUGAGCGCCACCAGGACAUCCUGCGGCUCAAGCUGUUCCGCUUGAAGCAGGAGCAGGGCGUGCAGAGCCAGCCCCUCUUCCCCAUCAUGCGUGGCGGUGGUGGCAGGGGGGAGGGCGGACUGCAGCAGAGUGCAGGGGCGCUGUUGCCAGGACCCUCAUCAGCUGCGACUCCAUCGAGCGCCGCCGCCACCAACAACGAGGAGGAGGACGACGACAACGAGGAGGACGAAGCCGGCAAGAGCGGGGAAGGGGCGGGCACAGCGGGGGACUCGGUGCUGACGGAGGCCGAUCUGGUUCGGCAGAGCUGCGAGGAAUACGAGGCCGGGCGCUACAGCCCCACGCUGCUGCCGCCCGACGAGCUGCCCGUGGAGGCGCACGUCAUGGAGGCGGAAGAGGACAACCAGCGCCUCUACCUGGCGCGCAAACAGCUCCAGGAGACCGGUUCAGCUGAAGACACAGCGGAAGAUGCAUUCGAGCGUCGUGCGCGCGAGGGAAUGGGCACGGACGAGGCGCGCUUCAGUGUCGAGGUGCCCCUCACGGACAAGCUCUACCUGUGGUCGGACAAGUACCGCCCCCGCAAGCCACGCUUCUUCAACCGCGUGCACACAGGCUUCGAGUGGAACAAGUACAACCAAACGCACUACGACUUCGACAACCCGCCGCCCAAGAUCGUGCAGGGCUACAAGUUCAACAUCUUCUACCCGGACCUCAUCGACAAGAAAUCGACGCCGCAGUACUUCCUGGAGUCGAGCGACGGCGACCGCGAGUUUGCGACGCUGCGCUUCCACGCCGGGCCGCCCUACGAGGACAUCGCCUUCAAGAUCGUGAGCCGCGAGUGGGAAUACUCCCACCGCCACGGGUUCCGCUGCCAGUUUGCCAACAGCAUCUUCCAGCUGUGGUUCCACUUUAAGAGGUACCGCUACCGGCGGUGAUCGAACUGCUGGCGGUGGACUUUUGUAUAUGGGGCACGUAUAUUCACAUGGAGCUGCAAAUAAUCCGUGUAGCCUGCAUUACACUGCAGGGGCAAGUGCUGUUGGCGAGAAAUUAUUGUCGCCGGUAGGGCCAUAAUGUGCUCUCCUAGCUUUGGUUUCAUUUCGAGGCAACAGGACCGGGUGGUGGUUUGUGUACGGUCACGUAUGUAUGUGGACUUGUGUACGCGUACGUAUGCAUGUACAACAUUUUUGUCAAUCAACUGCUGGAUGGCCGCCUCCCCCGCACCAUGUGGGUAUUGGAAGUUGACUGUACUUUGCCAUGCUGGUCAUUGCGGAUUGAUGAAGUAGGGAUGAAUAGAUGUGGGAGCAAACUUCAGAACAAUAGAUUUUGCUGAACUGCCCCUCUGCUGCCCACAAUGCAGCAGCAUAUUACCACCUGCCGUUUAUGGACACCCACCAAAACACUAUCCAAGCUUACUUCUAUUGAACUUCCAAGAUAGGGCGCAUUCUGGAAAUGCAUAGGCACAUAUAUACAAAGAUUUCACGUACAGCCUUUAAGCGUGCACUCAGUGCUGUCAUGGUGUAUUCACUGAUCCAAUCUCCCACUUGCCCACCUUUUCACACAAUGAAAUCACCCACAACGACCUAUCCAGCUUACAAACUCACCCAACCAACCUGACCACCCAUCCAGUGUUGCUCAUGAGUACACUUACCUGAACAGACCACUCCUGCGCAAUGCUGGUGUAAAUGAGGGUUGAAUGACAGUCAUGUUUGGUAACUUUGUUCUGACUUGAAUAUUUUGUAAAAUUUGGGUUUUGUAAUAAAUUGUUUGUGACCCCCCCAUAUGACCUCUUAAAACUUGACAGCCACAACUAGCCAAUUGAUGUGCAUCUUAACAGUGCUGUGCUGAUGGUGUACUUUACAAUGGCUUGUGAACAAAAUUAACUUUAAGUCUGGUGGACUGUGGGCAGUAAAUGAUGAAACGUCUAUUUGAUGUAAAUAUAAAUGUUAUUUAAAAUAAUUGAACCCCUUCCACACCUUGCUGGUGAGGCCCAGAGAAGUCAAAACCAGUCAAGGACUUACCAUCUACAAAUGCUGCUGAGAAUUGUUAUUCCAGGAGACUGAUAGGCUGAGGGACUAACCUUUCACCACUGUUAGCCUUGGUUGUGAAUGAAAGGGAUGUUCCUGGGUUCAUACACACCGGUACAUACACGCGUAUGUACACCAUGCAUUCAUACCACAUGUACAAACACCUACCAAUGUCAGUGCCUCACAUUUGAGGAAUGAAUGCAUAUGCCUCGAGUGGUGAUGGGGCGAGACUGAGGGUAGUGGUGGAAGAGUGCUGUUGGGAGAGUUCAGCUGGCACGUGGAUGUGGUUGCCAGAGUUGUUUGCAUACCUGCGAGUGGAAGGUGGGGGGAGUCUAGCGGUGGUAGGUGGCGACAGCUGUAAAUGUGAGAUGUGACUUGUAAGCUUAGGCCUGAAAUAUUCACAACUAUACAACCCUGCAAUGUUUACACAGCUACAUGCAUACACCCACACCUCGUACGCAUAACAGGUCCAAGUUUGUCCAGUGGUCGCCACUCCUUGAAGCCUCCCCCUCUCGUGAUUUGGUUUUACAUCUAUGCUCCAUCUGAAACAUUCUAUGCAUCCAGUGUCACAUGACCUAACCCUAUAGAACAAGAUUCUACAUACCUGGGGCACAUGACCCACUCCCACUUUGUUGGGGUCAAGUACGGUGGGGGCAACUCAUGUGGCCCAGGUGGAAAGGACCCAACCUCACCUCCCAAUUAGCACAGUUGGCUACGUACGGUGCAAAACAAGUGCAACAUACAUGUGACCCAGUGCGGUCAUGCGAUAACAGGGUAGGGUUCACAUGACCUAGGUGGGUGUAGAGUCAUGCGACCCACCUGGGCAGAGGGUUAUGUGAUGCAGGUGAACGGGGUGGUGCUGCAAGGCGACCGAGCAACAAGAACGCGUGCGAAGAGACCUGUUCACCUGUUUAAUCCACAGCACCAUUUUGAAGAGAACACGAGACAUUAAAUCACACGACACCGUUGGGCAAAACCACAAGACCCCCAGCUGCAGUGGCCGAUCGUAUAAGCACACCUUAAAUGUAGGACGACACAACCCAAAAACAAAAUGAGUGGGCCUGUAUUUGGUCGAGGAAUUAAUUAGAUAGAGGGAAUGAUGGAUGGUCAUGAGCCUGGAUAUUAACAGGGUCAGAGUCAAAAGCACAGAUGCUUUAGGAAAUUACGUUCAAGACAUGUGGGCAACAGAGGAUAAUGAGCAACUUCCCUCAAUGCAGAAAAUCCAGUGGUUAAUGUGAUACUGGUGUGAAUCACACGAGUGCCGUCACUACAACGCUAAUGAAGUCAAUUUAAAGUUUUUUUCUUAAAAACUAAAUUUUCAAGCUCGUGUGGGAUAGCACAGCCACAGUGACCCUUUAUACACGUGCAGAAAAAACUUUAAAGUUCUCCUUCAGAGCUCGUAUUUUACUCCGCAGGUUUAAAAACGGUUUUACUACUGACAUCGUGAUGUCACGCUCGCUGGUGUAAAACCACCACGUUCAGUGAAACCACCCUGUGGUUCACCCAACUGUUUAAUGGUAACAUUUUUUUUUAAACACGUGACAUCACCACGCAGCACUUGGAAAUUACUUCAUGCGAUUUGAUGUAAACAGGAAGAGACCAUUUCGAUUUAAAGCUUUUGUGACUGCAGGGAUUCUUCUUCUUGGUUCUUUCGGUAAAGUCACGUAGAA